GCGGGCAGGGCGCCUGGGUCCCGCUCUCGGCGGCCGGGGGAGGGUGGCGCGAGGCGAGGGGCUUGCUCUGCUCCGCUCCGCGUAGCCGCGCCGGCUCGGGAUGCAUUCGGAUUGCCGGCUGUGCAGGAGACGCGGGGCAUGGUGAGCAGCCCGGGGCGCCCGUUCCCCGCGGGGACCCGGCAGGCGGUGGCCUCCCUUCUGCUGCUCCUUUUGCUCCGGUGGGACGCAGCGGCUCAGAAAGGUGAUGGUUGUGGACAUACAGUGUUUGGUCCUGAAAGUGGAACUUUUGCAUCUAUUAAUUACCCACACACCUACCCUAAUAACACAGUAUGUGAAUGGGAGAUUCGAGUAAAGCCUGAGCAGAGAGUUCAGCUCAAAUUUGGGCAUUUUGAUAUCGAUGAUUCAGAUCCUUGCCAUUCUAGUUAUGUGAGAGUUUAUAACGGAAUCGGACCUACAAGGACGGAGAUAGGAAAAUACUGUGGUUUAGGUUUACAAAUGGACAGUUUAAUUGAAUCAAAAAGUAAUGAAGUUACAGUGCAAUUCAUGAGUGGCAUACACUUUUAUGGACAUGGAUUUCUUGCAUCCUAUUCAACAACUGAAAAAUCAGAUUUAAUAACCUGUUUAGACACUGCAAGUCACUUUUCUGAUCCAGAAUUUAGUAAGUAUUGUCCAGCUGGAUGUGUGCUUUCUUUUUCUGAAAUUUCUGGGACUGUUCCUCAUGGUUAUAGAGAUUCUUCAUCUCUUUGCAUGGCUGGUGUUCAUGCCGGAGUGGUUUCCAAUGUCCUAGGAGGUCAGAUUGAUGUUGUAAUCAGCAAAGGCAUUCCAUAUUAUGAAGGUUCUCAGGCUAACAACGUCACCUCAAAAAUGGGACCACUGUCUUCAGUUCUCUUCACUUUCAAAACUAGUGGUUGCUACGGAACACUGGGAAUGGAGUCUGGAGUAAUUGCUGAUUCACAGAUCAAUGCAUCAUCAUUUCUGGAAUGGCCAGAGCAAAUUGGACAACCAAAUACGUGGAGACCUGAAAGAGCUAGACUGAAAAGGCCUGGACAUUCUUGGGCAGCUCUUACAAAUGAUGAAUAUCAAUGGUUGCAAAUAGACCUAAACAAAGAGCAGCGAAUAACUGGUAUCAUUACUACUGGCUCCACCUUAGCAGAGUACUAUUAUUAUGUCUCUGCCUACAGGAUUCUGUACAGCAGUGAUGCACAGAAGUGGACAGUGUACCGAGAACCUGGGGUUGAGCGGGAUAAGAUAUUUCAAGGCAACGCAGGAUAUUAUCAAGAAGUUCGCAAUAACUUUAUUCCACCUAUUAUUGCUCGUUUUGUUAGGAUAAAUCCUUUGAAAUGGCACCAAAAAAUUGCAUUGAAAGUGGAACUGUUAGGAUGUCAGUUUAACAUUGUUCGGGCUCCAAUGCACCCACCGCCCAGGAGCAACAAUGACUUUCCCUUGCAGACUGAUAAAACAACCUUCACACCUGAGAUCAAGAAUACAGGAGUAACUCUAAGUGAAACCAAAGUUUGGGCUCCAAGACUUAGAAUACCCCUACCGCCCAGGAACAGCAAUGACUUUCCUUCGCAGACUGAUAAAACAACCUUCACACCAGAGAUCAAGAAUACAACAGUGACUCCAAGCGUAACCAAAGUUUCAGAUGUGGCACUGGUAGCUGUGCUGGUUCCUGUUUUGGUCAUGGUCUUUACAACCCUCAUCUUGAUUGUAGUUUGCGCCUGGCACUGGAGAAACAGAAAGAAGAAAACAGAAGGAGCUUAUGAUAUACCUUACUGGGAUCGUGCAGGCUGGUGGAAAGGAAUGAAGCAGUUUCUUCCUUCCAAGUCGGCAGAGCAUGAGGAAAUGCCUGUUCGUUAUAGCAGCAGUGAAGUGAAUUGCCUUAGAUCGAGAGAAGUUACAACCAUGUUACAAACACAGUCGGCAGAAUAUGCACAACCACUGGUGGGAGGAAUUGUUGGCACACUUCAUCAGAGGUCUACCUUUAAACCAGAAGAUGGGAAGGAAACAAGCUAUGCUGAUACGGACCCUUACAACUCACCUGAGCAAGAGAUUUAUCAUGCAUAUGCUGAACCACUACCAGUAUCUGGGCCAGAAUACGCAACACCAAUCGUAAUGGAUAUGUCAGGUCAUCUUGCAGCCCCUCCAGGUGUUUCUUCUGUGUCUACUUUCAAGACUUCAGGGAAUCCAACCCCUCCCAUAGUGGGAGCUUACAAUAAACUUGUUUCCAGGGCUGACAAUUCAUCACCUGUGCAUGUACUGUAUGAUACCCCCAAGGGGAUGCCAGGACUUAAUCCCUCAAACGAAUUGCUAUACCAGGUACCACAGAUCAUGCCACAUUCCACAGGAAGUCAAGAAGACAUUAGUUAAAGAACUUCUAAAUAUUAAAUCCUUUGAAGAUGACUUUUUAAAAAAAAAUUCAGACUUUUUUGUGUUUCAGCAAAAUAUGACAUCUGAGGCCAAAAAAAUGAGUAAAUUACCCCUUUUGUGGGUCUGUACACAACUACUGCUUUCCUUUUCAUACAAUGAUGGGCUUUACAUUUACUACUGAUAGGUACUGCAUUCUUUGCUAAAUUGGUGCAAGAACCUUGCAAAGAUGCCUGUUUACUAGUGUAAAUAAAUUUUUCACUGCAGACACGUAAAUACUUCAAGUCGGUGCUGUGUGGUAGAAAUGCCAGAAAAAACAAGGUACUGUUUUAGACAUAGACUAUGUCACUAAAGUCACUAAAGCCUAGUAUUUUAAAUUAAUUAGUAUCUAACACAGACCUUUUAAUAAAUUCAUAAUAUUAUUGUGAAUGCUGAUUGAUAUUGCACUUCCUGUUAAAUGGUUGAAUGGCAGUGGUUUUACUAAUUUUUGAUAUGAGAAGUUGAUUCCUAAAAUUGUUUUCUUUAGUGAAAUCAAUAGGUGGCCUAGACCAAUGAUCCCCAACAUGAUGCCUGUUGGUAUGGUAGUUGCCAGUGGGUUUGCUGGUGCCUAUUUAUACCUCUUUAACAAAGCAUAUUUUCCUGAAAGCAAAAGAGCCAAUCCUGGACCAGGAGGAGCUUUAGAAAAAUCCACGAGACAUCACUUUUUUGUUUGCAAGAAACACCAAUUAAGAAGGAACUGAUUGCCAUCGCAGGACAAGGCUUGGUUUCGAAGCUCCCAACAGCUUGUGAUUGGCCCUGUCCCAUGACAGCCAUUUUGUGGUGUGCUGCUGACUGUUCUCAAAAUUUCAAAAGGGCCCACGGGCUCAACAAAAUGGGGGACCCUGGUCUAGAUUUAUGAGAAAUCUCUAGAAAGUCUGAAUUUCUCAAGAGUUAGUAUUCAUUCCGCACUGAUAGAGAACAUAAGAGACUGCUAAUUCAUUGCCUCUUGAGUUACUCAGUCAUGGCAAUGACUCCAGAGUGGUAUUUAAUAAUUAUUCUUACCUCCACUGGCCAAGUAAUGAACAAAGUAAAAUCUUUGAGCCUCAAGUAAUUGAAAUUACCUCCUUUGAUAUGUGGGAGUAGUUUUAGGAACUUCAAAGCUAAUAAUGUAACAGAUACAGGGGGACAUCCUUAUGGCUCCUUGGAGACUAUAAAAAUUGAGUAUAUUUAAAAUGAAUACAUUUUUAAAGAGAUAGAAAUGUAUUAAGGUCUGCAAAGUCUAAGCACAUGGAUACAGUUGUGCAUGUUUUUGGAGGUGUAAAUAUAUUGCUGCACUGUUUGCUGUCCUGGCAUAUUUUUAGAUAUUGAUAUGCCUUAAGGAAAGCAUGCAUACAUUUAGAUAUCCUAGAGCCUUUAGAAUGUGAAGCUUGCUGGCCACUGGAAUGAAACACAGUAUUACCUUUAAUUGUUUUGGCAUUUGAUAUAUUAUCAAUAUGCACCCAUAUUAUUUUUCCAACCCACUAAAUUGUAUAGGUUUCAAAUGGUCAGUGGAUCUUUAUUGUUUGUUUGUUUGUUUGGGGAAAAAAAAUCUUUCCAGCUUCCAGUUGACAUUGUGUUUCCCAAAGAUUUCUAUACUUGAACCAGUUAGUAACUUUACACACGAUGAAAGUUAAAGGAAUAGUUGGAUAUGACAUUGCAUGCCGACCAUCUUUUGCCAUGUUUAAAUGUGUGUCAACCGAAAAGCACAGCCUCAUCUUAAAAAGACGUAAAAAGUA